AUGUUCAAAUCCGCCUCGGUCGACCCUUCUUCCGUUGCGAGUGUGACAAUCGGAACGACCCACUUUGUCAACGCAGUCGUAACCCGCGACCGAACACGUCUUUCUCAAGUCGCCGUCCUCCGUCUUUCUGGUUCUUUCAGCAAACAUGCACCGCCAUGUGUCGACUGGCCAGCUUCUCUACGUAACAUCAUUCUUGGACACUAUGCGCUCAUCAAAGGAGGACUGGAGGUGGAUGGAAGCCUCAUCUCCGACAUCAAAGAACACGAGAUAAUAGAGCAAUGCAAGAUCAUCAAAGAGAAGGGAAUCAAAAGUAUAGUCGUGAACGGCGUCUUCAGCCCUAUCGAUACGGUAGAGAAGCAAGAAGAGCGUACUGCGGACAUCAUCCGGCGUGAGCUAGGGGACGGUGUCGAUAUCGUUCUUAGCAAGACCGUCGCAAACCUGGGGUUUCUGGAGCGCGAGAACGCUGCGAUACUCAACGCCUCGAUUCUGUCAUUCGCCAGGAAGACGAUAGCAUCAUUCCAGACACCAAUCAAGGCACUUGGACUGAACUGCCCUGUUUUCAUCACCCAAAAUGACGGCACGAUACUGAGUGGCGAAGCCGCAAGCCGACUACCGAUCCGAACCUUCUCAUCCGGCCCAACGAACAGUAUGCGUGGUGCUGCUUUCCUUGUCGGGAGGCAGGGGAAUGGCGAAGCAAUGAUGGUUGUGGAUGUCGGUGGAACUACCACCGACGUGGGCUUGUUGCUCGCAAACGGCUUUCCCAGGCAGCAGGCCGCGUACUCGGAGCUUUCUGGAGUGAGAAUGAACUUCUCAUAUCCAGACGUGAAGAGUAUAGGACUAGGAGGCGGAAGCUUGGUGAGAAGAGUGGGAGAGAAGGUGCAAGUAGGGCCUGAGUCCGUGGGAUAUAAGCUACCAGAAAAGGCGCUCGUCUUCGGUGGUGACGUUCCAACAGCGACAGACUAUACCGUCGCUGCUUCAUCCGAUAUUGCGAUAGGCCAGUCGAAAAAAGUGCGAGGGAAGCUGCACGACGAUGACAUACAAGCGUUCAAAGCUGAGACGAAAAGGAUGCUUGAAACAAUCAUUGACAAGAUGAAGACAUCACCUGAUGACCUUCCCGUCCUGCUUGUCGGUGGUGGUGCGGUCAUAGCUCCGGACGAGUUGAAGGGAGCAAGCAGAGUGAUCAAACCUCAAUGGUCUGGUGUAGCUAACGCUAUUGGUGCUGCGAUGGCGCGAGUGAGUGCCGUAGUCGACACGGUCAAGUCUACCGAGAAGCAGACGCAGAAAGAACUACUAGCUGAGAUAUGCGAGGAGGCGAAACGAAAGACCAUCGAAGCAGGUGCAUCAGCGGAGACGGUCUCUAUCGUCGAAGUGGAGGAUCUACCAUUACAAUACGUGGCCCACAAAACGCGAUUUAUGGUCAGAGCUGCGGGAGACUUUGACUUUUCACGAGCUGGAGAUUUCAUAGAUCUAAACGUCACUCAGGAAGGAGGCAAGGUAGAGACUAGGCCAAAGGGUACAGGCGAUGCCAUCGCAGCACCUUCGACUGAAGAGGCGUCUAGCGAAGUUGAUGCAGCAAUGGAAGUUGACAUCGUUGCGUAUAAGCCCAAAGUGGCUAACCGAGAGUGGUGGAUAUCUGAGACCGAUCUGGACUGGAUCACCAUCGGCUGCUACAUUCUUGGUACUGGUGGCGGAGGCUCUCCCUACUCUACCAUGCUCAGAGUGCGUGGAAUCCUACGGUCGGGCGGGAAAGUUCGCGUCGUUAGUCCAGACGAUCUCAAAGACGAUGCGCGAGUGGGAAGUGGUGGUGGUGCUGGUAGCCCAACAGUCGGCAUCGAGAAGCUGUCCGCUGAUGAAAUGAUGGAUGCUCAAAACCACCUCUACGAUCUCAUCAAGGGUGGCUACGCGACGCACAUUAUUCCUCUCGAGAUUGGCGGCUCAAACGGCUUGCAGGGUCUCGUUUUGGGUGCAUCAACUAACAUGAAUGUGCCAUGUGUAGACGGUGACUGGAUGGGCCGAGCAUAUCCAACAAAGUGGCAGACAACCCCGGUCGUCUUCGGCGAGCGAGAAAUCGUGUUCGCGCCUGUUGCAGUGGCUGAUGGCAAUGGCAACACGCUAUACAUGCCGACCGCAACGAGUGACCUCAAAGUCGAACAGGUCAUCAGAGCAGCAUUGAGCCAAAUGGGCAGCUCCGUCGGAACAGCUGAUGCUCCAGUUACAGGCGCUGAAACAAGACGCUGGGCUGUUGAACAUACAAUCUCGCUGUCGUGGAGGAUAGGACGAGAAGUAGCACGCGCGCGCAAAGAGAACAGAAUUGACAACGUCGCGCAAUCAAUCAUCGAUGCGGUUGGAGGUUCUGAAACAGGCCGUGCGCUUUUCAAGGGCAAGAUUGUUGGUGUAGAGCGCAAGCUGUACAUGGGCCAUGUGUACGGCGAGGUAAUCAUAGAAGCUACGGGAAGUGAGUACAAAGGCAAGAUUAAGAUACCCUUCAAGAACGAGAACAUUGCUGCGAUCCGGAUACCGGAUAGUGGAGAAAGCACGACUGGGGAGGAAAAUAACGAAGACGUUCUGGCUAUCGUUCCCGACCUUAUCGCGGUCAUUGAUGCGCAAAAUGGCGAGGCUAUCGGAACGCCAGAGUAUCGGUACGGACUGCUAGUCUCGGUGAUCGGUAUCACUGCGAGCGAGCGCUGGACUAGUCCGAAGGGUAUUGAGAUUGGAGGCCCGAAGGCAUUUGGGCUGGAUCAUCUGGAGUACAAACCUUUGGGCAAGUUUGUGAAGCCUGUUAGCGUUAUCGACGAAUAUGACGGAAAGGCAUGA